AUGUUGUGUGUCACCUUCCAACUAGAGGACACAGCUGGCACGAGUGGUGCCGAGCGCGCGAGGAUAAGAAGGAAGCCAAGGGAAGUACCAUACUGCGGGGCGUUAAGCAGCUACUCGCCCUCCUCUCGACAGAUAGAAGACACUCUCCGUCUCAUUGAGGAUGAUCCCACAUUGGGGGUAAUUGGAAUAUGGGGUCCAGGUGGAGUGGGAAAAACACAUCUUCUAAAAAAAAUCCAGGGCUUUUUCAGAGGAAGGAUGACUAUUAUAUGGGUGACAGCGUCCAAGGAGUGUUCAGUGUUAAAGGUCCAAACACAAAUUUUAGGCGAGCUAAAAUUGAAAGGGGAUGGUAAUGUGAGAACCCAAAGUGGCAUGAUCCGUGACUUCCUGGAAAAUAAAAGCUUUCUUAUACUAUUGGAUGACCUUUGGGAAAGAAUUGAUCUAGAAGUAGUUGGCAUACCACAUCCCCUUGGAAUUGAACCUUUGAACAAAUUCAAGAGAAAAGUUGUGCUCACAACAAGAUUUACAUCCGUUUGUGGUUGGAUGGAGGUGAAAAAACAGAUUAAAGUUCCAUAUAUGCAGGAGAAUGAGGCGUGGGAGCUAUUCAGAGAGAAGGUCGGAGACCAAACUCUUUUUUCUCCUGGUAUUGAAGAUCGUGCAAGAAUACUUGUGACUGAAAUGAAGGGCUUGCCUUUAGCUUUGGUAACUGUGGGAAGGGCAAUGUCUUGGAAAUUUUGUCCGGAACAAUGGGAUUCUGCCAUCCAACAUAUGAAAAAGUCAUGCUGCAGUGACACAAAUGAAGACCCCCUGAAGAUGGAGGAAGAAGUUUUCAAAAAGAUCAUGUUUAGCUAUGAUAACUUAAAAAGUGAUAGGUUGAAGAACUGUUUCUUGACCUGUUCAUUGUGGCCUGAGGAUCAGGUGAUUCACAGGAAAGAGCUCGCUCAAUGUUGGAUUGGCCUAGGUUAUGUGAAUGAGGGGGACAUACAAAGUUCCUACACAAAAGCUUAUAGUCUGAUGAGCGACCUUACAUGUGCAUGUUUGUUAGAAGACUGUGAAGAAUGGAAUGAUCAUGUCAAACUACAUGAUGUGAUUCGUGAUAUGUCUUUAUGGAUCUCUUGUGGCUGCGGUGAGAACAAUGGCAACUGGUUUGUCCGUGCAGGAGUUGGCCCAGAUGAAAAAUUUAGCAUCCCUUGGAGCAAUGCUGAAUACAUCUCAUUAAUGAACAACAUGAUGAAGAAACUUCCUUUUGUUGGUAAUCCACUGAAACUGAGGGUGUUAUGCCUUCAAAAAAAUAUGUUGGAUGAAACAAAAAUAUGUGGAGUACUUGGAAAUUCUGCUACUCUGACAUAUCUGGAUAUGAGCCAUAAUGAACUCAUGGGGAUACCCGAAAGCUUAUGUCACCUGACAGAACUGAUACAUCUCGAUUUGUCAGAUAACAUAGGGAUAAAGGAAGUGCCUCGCAGCUUCGGAAACCUCAUUAAGCUCAAGUUCCUGUACUUGCAUGGCACUUCCAUAAAAAUAAUACCAAAGGUGGUCAUAUCUAGACUAGAAGCAUUGGAAAUAAUACAUUUGGAUGUUCUGAGGGUGUCUGACUGUAUCAUACCUAAUGUAUAUAGAGAGUUGGGUACACUGAAUCACUUGAAAGUUGUUGUUACAUCAGUUAGACUUUUGGAUGCAUGGACAUCACUUCAGGAUGCGGCUGAUCUACCCAUUCGGUCUUUAAGUUUGGUACCAUCUGCUGAAAAUAAUGAAUUCCAUCUCUUUGAUAUUUUAUCAUUGGACUUCGCACAAACGACCUUGUAUGACCUGAAUGUUGCAAACAACCAGUCUGUGACAUAUAUAACAUUAAUACAGAGGCCUGAACUACAACCCUACAGUUUUGGUAUUCUCGAUAACCUGAUCAUUCACAAUUUGGAGGCAUUGACUACAGUAAAAUGGAUGGCAACAUCUCCAAAAUCUGUAUUUCCAAGGCUCACUUAUUUGAGAGUGUCACGCUGCCUCAAGCUAGAGCACCUGUCUUGGGCAAUGUAUCUGCCUUGCCUUGAAAAACUCCAUGUAGCACUCAGUGAUAGCAUGCGGAAGGCUUUUACAAGGUAUCAUGUUGACAACAGGUGGAAUGGACAAGAGACUGGAAGAAGCUGUUUAUACAAGUGA